AAUGCCGGCCAAAAAUGUAGUUUUGUCUCACAGACAAGUGCACAGUUGUUAGGCAGCCGUCCAGGUAUGGACAAGCAGACAGAUUCUCAGCAUGGUACCGUGUCUAAAUCUGAUGACAGUAUUAAGAAUCCUGUUUCACAGUUUGUUGGUUGUGGCCCGGGUAUAGACAAACCUGCUUCGUUAGGUGCAGGAUCAAAGACUGCUAGCCAAAAAAGUGAAGGAGUCAAAACCAGUUAUGGUGCAGGGAAAGCAUUUUUUGGUAUGGUGUUUGUGCGGCCGGGAGAAGCACCGCCAAGUAGUAGUGUACCUUCUGCAGCGUUAGCGCGUACUGGGGGCAGCAAAACUGCACGCCCCGCCAACAAAAAGAACGAAGCCAACAAGGCACCACCACCAUCACCAGUUUCAUUCCCACCCACGCCAGAGGCGAAGCCGAUUCUCAGCAAGGAAGAAUAUCUCGCUGCCUGGAAAGGUGAGAAAGAUGUUCAGCUUCAGAAAUUGAAAAAAUUGGCGUAUGAAGUUGUUGCUUUGAAAACUGCUCGUCCUAAUGCUAAGGAUAAGCUCCACUCUGCAGCAAACAGGGUCCCUGUGCGAGUUGAAUUCAGCACAGAAGCUGUAACCGUUUUCAGGAGCAACAGUACUUAUCUAUGCUAUGUGUUUGUAGAUCGAGUUUCUGUCGGAUCAGGCAGAGGUUUGAAAAUCAAAGAUGCUAAGACAAAUGCAUACGAGGCAGCUUUACAGAAGAUUCUCAUGCCUCAUGUCCGAAUUAAUAAAGUUGACCCUGAAAGCAGCGAACUUGAAGCCUCAAUGGAACCUUUUCUCUCACCUCCUCCUGAACCUUCUCCAGUGCCGCUACAGAAAGGUGUAGCUAAACCUCCACCUUCCACUCCAGUGGCUCCCCCAAAGACAAACACCAUCAAGGAGAUCUCUUCUCAGCAGAAGGAAUCAAACCUGGAAUCUGGAUGUCUAAAACGGCGUCUGGAUGAGCAGAAGCCGGUGGAGGAUUUUGUGAUUGUGGAGCCAUUUACUCCUACUCCAGACUGCACUCCAGCACACACACUCCGUCGAAGUGCCGACUUCAAUCACAUGCUUCUGGAAUACGAGUACUUUUUCAAGGGAGAUGCUGCUCGCUGUGUCGUGAAGAUCGAAAGCAAUGUACUGGCUGAUGUCAACGGCCCUUCCAAAAUGGCGGCAAAGAAUAUGGCAGCUUCUAAGGCUUUGCAGAAACUAAAAGAUAUAUGUUGGGUGAUAAAAACUAAGAAAGAAGUUGAUUCACAUAAUAAGAUUUGCAAAGAGGAUAUGUUAAACGAGCUGUAUGAUCAGUCGGAUGAAGUUAUAGGUGACGACAAUGUUGGAAAUAGGCUUCUUCGUAAAAUGGGCUGGUAUGGAGGUGGUGUGGGGAAACAUGGUUCAGGAAUUGUUGAACCAGUUUCUCUGAGUAAUGUACUCAACCGCGAAGGUUUAGGUCUUAGUGCUAAGAAGGAAAUCACAGAGGAGUAUAAGAGGCGAGUAAAGCAAGUGAUUGAGAACUAUGCGUCUUCUGGUGAUCAGGAAGAUCUUGUGUUUUCUUAUGAAUUCCGUUUGAAUGAGAGGCAAGUCAUCCAUGAUGAGUGCCGCCGUUUGAAUUUGAACAGUAAGUGUCGGGGUAAGGGCCGAAAGAGAUAUUUAUGCGUCAGUAGAAAACGGACGGCAGUCGAGUUGUUUCAUCAUGUCAUGGUCAGUGGGGGAGAGACUGCCAGGUAUUUGCUGGUGCCACCUGGUUUUGAUGAAGGUGCUGAGUCACAGUUGGCAUCAGGUGGGCCAGCUUCAUCGAAAACUGCCAGCAAAGGUGGUGGGAAAGAUAAGGAGGAUGAUAAAGACAGCAGUGGGAAGAACACAAGCAAAGGUCUUUUGCCAACCCCUGGUCUUCUAGGGGAAGCACCCGUGCCUCUUCUAAGUCUCACCGGCCGUCGGCCCCCUAUCUUCAACCAAGCAGCUCAGCCAUUGCAAGGAAAUCCUAUGAGACCUCUUUUAGGCAGCAGAUUUGGUGGUCCUAGACCAGGAUUUGGUGGUCCUAGACCAGGAUUCGGUGGUCCUAGACCAGGAUUCGGUGGUCCUAGACCAGGAUUCAGUGCCUCAGGACCAGGUAAACAGAAUAGAAUUGGCCACCCUAGAUUAGGAAAUUUGCGCUUCCAAAACGGGAACGGCAUGAAUGAUGAGUUUAGAAACAAUCAAUAUGCUCGGGGUCCUCACAGCAAUGAUGGUUCUCAAGAGUUUGAACGCCCAGAUGGUAAUUUUGAUCAUGAAGAGAAUGAUUUCAUUGGAAGGAAGAAUUUUCCUAAUGGAAACAUGAAACCACGAGUACCACCAAAAGGUUUCAGAAAUAACAAGGACAUAGGUAAUCAGUGGGGAGUUCAUGACAACAAUGAAUGUUUUCUGAACUUUGGUAAAAACCCUAAUGGUUUUCACACUCAACAUGGAUUGAGAUUCGGUGGUUUAUGGAAUAAUGAGGAUACAGGAAAUCAGUGGGGGGACUGGCACAACAAUGAAGGUUUACAAGGUGGAGGUGACUACAGUGGUGGGUUUAUUGAUAAUGAGGGUGUGUGUGGGACAGAAUUCCCUGGUGGUGGGAAUAAUCAAGGAAGCCAGUGGGGAGAAGGUGCUAAUGGAAACCAGUGGGGUGGUGGGAAUAAUCAGGGAAACCAGUUGGAUGGUGGAAAUAAUCAGGGAAACCAAUGGGGUGGUGAAAAUAAUUGGGGAAACCAAUGGGAUAGUGGGAAUAAUCAGGGAAACCAAUGGGGAGGAGAAAGUAAUCAAGAGAACCAAUGGGGUGGAAAGAAUAAUCAAGGGAAUCAGUGGGGUGGUGAGAAUAAUCAACAGAACCAAUGGAAUGGGGGGAAUAAUCAGGGGAACCAAUGGAAUGGGGGGAAUAAUCAGGGGAACCAAUGGAAUGGAGGGAAUAAUCCAGGAAACCAGUGGGGUGAAAUUGAUAAGGUGGAUAAUCAGUGGUGUGGUGGCUAUAAUCCAGGGGACCAAUGGGGUGGAGGGAAUAAUCAAAUAAAUCAGUGGGCCGGAGGGAAUAAUCAAGGAAACCAGUCGGGUGGAGAAAAUAAUCAGGGAAACCAGUGGAGUGGGAUUAAUAAUCAGGGAAACCAGUGGAGUGGGAUUAAUAAUCAGGGAAACGAGUGGGGUGUGAUUAACAAUGAAGGAAAUCAGUGGGGUGUGAUUAACAAUCAGUUAGGUGGAGGAUUUAAUCAAGGAAACCAAUGGGGAAUGCAAGAGAAUCAUGAAUGCUUUCAAAAUGUAAAUGAUUGUAAUGGUGGUUUUCAGAAUCAGAACACAGGGAUGCAUAGAAGGGGAUUUGGUGAGGCAGAUAACUUGUUUAAGGAGGGUCGACAAGGGGUUGGAGAUAACAUUGAGCAGAGCAAACACUUUCCUAGUCAUAACAACAGAGGGCCCAAAAUGGGAUUGGGUAUUCAAGGUGUGGGAAAACGAAAGAAGGAAAAGAGUCCACGAAAACUGGGGAUGUUUCCUAUGGGACCCGGGGAAACAGAGCAGAUAAUGAAUGGUGGUGGGUCACGUCCUUUAGGGUUUGGGAAACCAGCAGGGCAUAAACAGAAGAGGGUUAAGAGAGAGAGUGGUAGUGGAGGGAACCAGGAAAACAUGCAGCAAAAUAUAGGACUUUUUCAGGGCACUGCGAAGGGACGGUAA